GGAAAAGGGCAGAAAACGUAGGCUCCGGCGCUCCGCUGCGGCGCCCGCAGCAUCGAGGGAUCCCCCUUCUUCUUUCUUCCGCCCCGAGAAGGCGAGCCGCCUGUUUCCUCCGCCGGUUUGCCCUCCUCCGCCCUCUCCAUAUAAACCGCCCGUCUCAAACCUCAGGCGCAUCGCACACACCAAAACAAAAGUGAAAAACCACAUCCUCCCUCCCUCCGAGACGCCGCCCGGCCCGACCAAUGGCUCCCAGGAAGUUCUUCGUCGGCGGCAACUGGAAAUGCAACGGGACCGGCGACGACGUGAAGAAGAUCGUCACCUUCCUCAACGAGGCCGAGGUGCCCUCCGAGAACGCCGUCGAGGUGGUGGUGAGCCCGCCGUUCGUGUUCCUGCAGCAGGCAAAGGGGCUGCUGCGGCCCGACUUCGCCGUCGCCGCGCAGAACUGCUGGGUGCGCAAGGGCGGCGCCUUCACCGGCGAGAUCAGUGCUGAGAUGCUGGUGAACCUGCAGGUGCCUUGGGUCAUUUUGGGGCACUCUGAGAGGAGAGCACUGUUGAAUGAAUCAAAUGAUUUCGUUGCUGAUAAAGUGGCUUACGCACUCGCCCAAGGACUCAAGGUAAUUGCUUGCAUUGGUGAAACUCUUGAACAGAGAGAAGCAGGGACGACAAUGGAAGUUGUUUCUGCUCAGACUAAAGCUAUUGCAGAGAAAACAUCAGACUGGACAAACGUUGUGCUGGCAUAUGAACCAGUGUGGGCCAUUGGAACCGGCAAAGUUGCUUCCCCUGCUCAAGCACAGGAGGUUCAUGAUGGUCUGAGGAAGUGGCUCCACGCUAAUGUUGGUCCUGCAGUUGCUGAAUCUACCAGGAUUAUCUAUGGAGGCUCUGUAAAUGGGGCAAACUGCAAAGAGCUUGCAGCUCAACCUGAUCUUGACGGGUUCCUUGUUGGCGGCGCUUCACUCAAGCCCGAGUUUGUGGACAUCAUCAAGUCUGCCACCGUGAAGUCUUCUUCUGCUUAGUUGUUUUUGAGAUGCAUGCAGUUGCUUGUAGGAGUGGAUUCUGCUUAUCUUUAUAAGACUGUUUGACCAUCUUGUUCUAAUUCGAGUGCACUGUUAUGUCGCAUUGACCAUCUUAUCUUUAGGGUGAUGCAUGCUUAUGUUUGCUUGUUUUUGUCUGGAACGAUAAUCGGAUUACUUAUAUGUACCAACUAUGCACAAAUUCGACAAAAUUCGCAGAGGCCUGUUGACACCAUAA